GCCCAGCGGAACACGCACACGCACACUCACGCCAAGGACACUGUGGUUGUGGAAAGUAAUUCUUCCUGGCUGCUGUGACCUUCGAUGUCCUAUCCAGUCAAGACUCACUGGGCGCUCCCAUUCCCAGAACUGAGCCUUACAUACACACAUUGUCUGAGCACUGGGAAGCGCAGUCCACGUACUCCACGUACACUACAGGAGUACGCAAAACUACCAGUAGAGUGCCAUCGACAGUUCAAGAGUUUCAUUGUGUGGAAAGGUUACCAACUGAAUCAGCCAUGGGUUUUAAGAAAGUGGCAAUCAUAGGAGCCGGGGUGAGCGGACUCACGUCAAUCAAGGCUUGUCUGGAGGAGGGGCUUCAGCCUGUGUGUUUCGAGCAACAUGAUGAUCUCGGCGGCGUAUGGCACUACUCCGACGACGUCAGGCCCAACCAGGGCGCCGCCAUGUACCGCUCUCUCAUCACCAACUCCAGCAAAGAAAUGAUGUCAUUCAGCGACUUCCCCUUCCCUAAGGACACGCCCCCCUACCUGCCGUACCACCGUGUGUACACAUAUCUGCAGGACUACGCUCAGCACUUCGACCUGAAGAAACACAUCCGAUUCGGCACACAGGUCAGUCACAUAGAGAAGACAGAAGACUUUGAUGAGACAGGCCGGUGGGAGGUCCGUACCGUACAGACGGGGCACAGCGAUGCGGAACAGAAAGACAUCUUUGAAGCCAUCAUGGUGUGUAACGGCGUGUUCGCCCGGCCGUACGUUCCAGACGUGCCAGGUCUGUCGGGCUUCUCAGGCGUCACCAUGCACAGUCAGGAGUACCGGACUGCUCAACAGUUCAGAGGGAAGAAGGUGGUUGUUGUAGGGGCCGGAAACUCUGCAGGCGACGUGGCGGCGGAGAUCGCUCAGGUGGCGUCACAGGUGUACCUGAGUCUGAGGGACGGUGCCUGGGUGCUCCCCCGGCUGGCUCAGGCCGGGAUGCCGCGGGACAUGAUGCUGCGCCGGGUACUCAUGAGCAUGCCCGAGUUCAUCGUCAACAAAAUCAUUAAGGGCGAGGCGAACGCCAGAGUGUGCCAUGACAACUACGGGCUGACGUGUCCGGCCGAACCGCUCAAACAUUCCGUCAUGGCCAAUGAUGAAAUAGGCUACAGACUGGCCACUGGGCAGGUCAUCACGAAGCCCCAGCUCUCCCGGUUCACCCAGCACACCGCUCGGUUCGAGGACGGCAGUACAGUGGACGGACUGGACGCUGUGGUGUUCGCCACUGGCUUCAGUCUGGCGUUUAACUUCAGUGACAAGUCCAUUCUUCCUGAUAACACGGAGGACCUGAACCUGUACAAGUUGGUGUUCCCCGCGGAGCUGACAAAACCCACCCUGUCCGUGAUCGGCUGCCUGUCUACCAUAGGGGCCCAUCCUCCUAUCUACGAACUGCAGGCUCGCUGGGCCGUCAGGGUGUUCUUGGGCCUGAAUAAGCUUCCCGACAAGGAGACCAUGCUGGAGCGGGCCCGCUCCGACAAGCUGGAGCUGAAGCAGCGGUUCGGCUACGUCAAACUUCAGAUGAUGAACGUGCCGUACCGGGAUGACAUUGCCGAAGAGAUCGGAGUGAAACCAUCGUUUUGGAAGCUCCUUCCUCGGGACCCGAAACUAGCUUUCCUCUGCUACUUCGGCCCCGCUUUCUCUGUCCAGUACCGCCUGCUGGGGCCACACCCCUGGUCAGGAGCAGCUGACCACGCCAAGUCAGCCCUGGCCAACACCCUGUACCCCUUCAGGUCACCUGCUCUGGACAAGGAACAGUCCUUCCUUUCAUUGGCCAAAAUCGUAAAGUUUAUCGUGUUGUUCGGAAUGCUGCUGGUGGCGCUAUAUUGUUUGUUGUAAUAUGACUCUACAUCAAAUCUCUUCCUCAGGAAUGCUGUAUUUUGGGAAUGUUUGUCACACAGUGCUUCCUUGAUUCUCACUGAUAUAAAUUUCAAAGCGAUUAAUGUGGUUAUUUUAAAUUAAGUCUAUUUAUCAUAAUUUUGUAACAAUCUGUUAAGCCUUAAAAUUCUAAAAGAUGUAGUACCAGGUUGGUGUUUCAUAUAGUUUUCCGCCUCGUCGGUAAGUUUAAUGUUAACAAAUGUUUACAGCUACACGGUAAAACUAAUUAGUAGCAAAUGAAUAUGAUUAGGGUAUGAACGUAGAAAAUUUCAUCAUAGAAUGCCAUAGAGAUCCCAGGAAAAAGUGUAAAUGUUGUCUGUAGCUUUGUAUAGUCUCAAAUAUAGUGAGAUGUGAGAAUGACUGGCACUGCCUACAUAGACAUGGCAGAAGUUAAGCUCCGUCACACCGGUGGAUUGAUAACCGGUCCAUAGAUAGAAACGUCUCCCAAUAAAAUAAAGACAUGUCAAACUGUU